GUCGACCCGGCGGCGUGACUCUUCCCCACGCGAGUCGCGACCCUUGCGCCGUCAGGCUCCCUCUCGCAUCGGCACGGAGGCGAGCGAGCAGGCGGCGGCGGGCGCGCCAUCCUCCCCCGGCAGCGGCGCCUCGGCGGCUCGCCCUCCCCUCCGGCGGAUCUCCCCUCCGUGAUCUACUUGCAUGCAGAUGGAGCAAGUAUUCCAUCCUCAAUUUGAUACUGUUUUUAUCUGAUAACAUCCCGUUUGCUCGGAGGAGGAAGCUAUGGGUGCCGAGGAGGACGCUGCCGCCCGCCGCGAGCGCCUCCGUGCCCUCCGCGCCGCCAAGGAGCUCCUCUCCACCCCAGCCCCCGACGGAGAGCAGCAAAAUGGGACCCAUGGUGCCACUGAAGAACAUGUGGAACAGCCAGCAUUACUAGCUCCACUGGAUGCACCUGAUGAGGCUUCUAAGGAGAAUAUUAGCUCGAUUGAGGAGAUCGAUGAGGUUGAAGAUGAUGGUGAGCUUCCUGCCAUGAAGUUCAGAAACUACCUUCCUCAUGAUGAACAACUCCGAGGUGGUAAGAUGGCUCCAGUUUCUCUUCCUAAAUUUGAAGAUCCAAUCAGUGCCGAAGCUACAGAACCAAAGCAAGUGGAGAAUCCCUUUGGAAACAUAGCCCCAAAGAAUCCAAACUGGGAUCUGAAACGUGAUGUGCAGAAGAGAAUUGACAAACUAGAGAAGCGCACACAGAAAGCAUUGGCUGAGAUUGCAUUGGAGCAACAGAGGGAGAAAGAAGCACUGGAGGAAGCUCAAGAUUGAUCCACCUGAAUCAGUGACAGAAACCGUAAUGUGUAAGGUACUGGGGGUGCUUAGUGUAUCUACUGGUGGGGAUGAACUGAAGUGAAUCAACCUUGAUGAGUAUGAGAUGUGGUGCCUGGCUAGGCCUUGUUUUUGAGAGGAAAGCUAAUAUAUAAAACUAGAGUGAACUUUGCCCAGUGCCUCUUGAAAAGCCUGAGCUGUAGACCUGCAGUAGUUGUGUCCUGUUUUGCGUAGACCAUAUCAAUCUAGUGUGUUGAUUACAAAGCAUGCCUUCAUGCUGCUUUUAACAGAGUGAAUAUUUUACAUUCUGGCUCUUUCAGAAAACUUAAUUUGCAACGGAAAAGAAA